UUUUUCUUCUCCUCGUUCUGCAGUCAUCUUCUCCAUCAAAAGCAAAGAGACAACAAAGAUGGAGAAUCUAACCUUGGUUUCUUGCUCAGCUUCUUCUUCAUCUCCCAAGCUCUUAAUCGGAUGCAACUUCACCUCCUCUCUUACCCCUGUAGGGUUUUCCCGCCGGAGUCCUAAGAUUCUCCUCCGUCGCUCCAAAAUCUCCGCCUCCUCCGCGCAAUCUCACUCUCCAUCUGAUAACACUGGAGAAAUUGUGGUAGUGAAACACAAGACGAAGGCUUUUGCAAGUAUAUUUUCUUCGAGAAGUGAUAAACAGACAGCCUCUGUUGCUUCCCCUAGUGUUGCUGUGCCACCACCGUCAUCUUCGUCAACCAUAGGGUCACCACUUUUCUGGAUUGGUGUUGGGGUUGGGCUAUCAGCUUUGUUCUCAUGGGUAACGUCAAACGCAAAGAAAUAUGCGAUGCAAACAGCUAUGAAGACAAUGAUGAACCAGAUGAAUACGCAAAACAGCCAGUUUAAUAAUCCUGGAUUCCCAACAGGGGCAGGAGCAGGAUCAGGAUCACCUUUUCCGUUUCCAUUUCCUCCUCAAACAAGCCCUACUUCCUCUCCGUUUCAAUCUCAGUCCCAGUCUUCAGGGGCUACUGUUGAUGUGACAGCUACAAAAGUAGAUAGGCCUCCUGUGUCUAAGCCACAAACUACACCUACACCUCCUACAAAGAAUAUAGAAGUGGAUAAGCCAAGUGUUGUUUUAGAGGAAAACAAAGCGAAGAAAGAAGAAAAGAACUACGCCUUUGAAGACGUUUCCCCUGAGGAAACCACUAAGGAGAGUCCAUUUAGCAACUAUGCAGAAGUCUCUGAAGCUAGUGCCCCCAAAGAAACUCGCUUAUUUGACGAUGUUCUGCAAAAUGGAGCUGCUCCUGCCAAUGGUGCCACUGCUUCAGAGGUUUUUCAAUCUUUGGGCGCUGGGAAAGGAGGGGCUGGUUUGUCAGUAGAAGCUUUAGAGAAAAUGAUGGAAGAUCCAACUGUUCAGAAGAUGGUUUACCCACAUUUGCCUGAGGAGAUGAGAAACCCAGAAACUUUCAAAUGGAUGCUUAAGAAUCCUCAAUACCGUCAACAGCUACAGGACAUGUUGAAUAACAUGAGUGGGAGUGGUGAAUGGGACAAGAGAAUGACGGAGACCUUAAAGAAUUUUGACCUGAAUAGCCCUGAAGUGAAGCAACAAUUCGAUCAAAUAGGACUGACUCCAGAAGAAGUCAUCUCUAAGAUUAUGGAGAACCCUGAUGUUGCAAUGGCAUUCCAGAAUCCUAGAGUCCAAGCAGCAUUAAUGGAAUGCUCAGAGAACCCGAUGAACAUCAUGAAGUACCAAAACGACAAAGAGGUAAUGGAUGUGUUCAACAAGAUAUCGCAGCUCUUCCCAGGAAUGACGGGUUGAAAAGGCUCGCUGAUCACCUCUUUUGGUUUUAUGACUUCUAUCUUAUUGGAUCAGAGGUUCAUGUCUUUCUUUAGCUUUGUAGGAGUGAGAGAAGAAGAAAAAAAACAUGUUUUGUUUUGUUAACAAAAUUGGUUCAGUUUUGCUCAGAUCAGAGAAGAUCUAUUGUUGUAUAACCGUAUUUUAUCCAUCUACAUCUCUAUAUAUCGAAUAACGGGUUUGUACCUUGUACCUUUGUAAACGCAACCGCGAAUUUGAAUCGUGUAACACCUUUUUUUGGUGGA